GUUUCUUGGUUUUUAACGUUAGCUAGCUUUUAUAAGAACAACGUUUCUUGGUUUUUAACGUUAGCUAGCUUUUAUAAGAACAACGUUCCUCGGUGUUAUAGUUACAUCUUCUGCUAAAUAAGUGCGAAAAAUUAUACCGAGUAAAUGUUUUUUAAUGUCUUGUCUAAUUAUUACACUCGUCCGUUUUGGAGGAAGCGUAUUGUUUAGUGUUUUUCGUCUAACGGUACAUUAAAGAAAUCCAAUUUUAGGCGAUGCGAUAUUAUUACGGAGCUUUGAAAAGUUUAAGAAUGGUUGAAUCCUGCCUACUGUGAUCAUCUUUUUAAGAUAUUCAAAUUCUACUCGGGACGAGUGUUAAAGCCGCGAGGGUUGUCUUGUCCUUUUUCCAUUGACUUCUUGAGUUACCUAAAGUUUGCCUUUAUUUAGAUGCAAUUGUUGUAACAAAAGAACUUAGAGACUAGUAUAUUCAAAUCUAUAUGUGUUUAAUGAUGCACUAAUAAUUCUUUAUUUAACAUCCUUAUCUUGCCUAAAAUGAAAUGUUAACGAUUUUAACUAGAUUUAAAUUUGAUUUUAAUAUUAAGAAUACAGCAGAAACAAUAUCUGAAGCUGUUUAAAACAUCAAAAGUUAAUUUGUAAAGGAAUUUUACUGAAAAAAGAACGAGGAAAGGAAAGAACAAAAAUGUUGAUUUUUAUAUGUUGUUUUCAUUUAUUGGUUGUUACGACACUUUCUCAAUUGGUCGAGUUUCCAUUAAACAAAUUUUUCCAUGGUGCGAACCUAGAAAAUGGAGAUUUUGAUCAGCUGUGUAUGUUUGGCUCAAACUGUUGUAAUUGCGAUGAAAAUUGUAUGAAGUUUAAAACCUGUUGCGCCGAUGCAUACUGGAACAAGACAAAACCCGUUUCAAUGGAGACGUAUACCAAAUUGCUAGUAAAUAAAUCUACGGAACACAUCACCAUGGUCUGUGAUAAUAUUCUGGAAUUAAAAGGACAUGUUAGCGACUCAGUAUACAUGGUAAAAUCAUGUCUGCCAUUUGGUAACCUAACAGAUAAAAGGAAAUGUUUGGAAUCAACAUCCACGAUAAAUAUUCCUGUGUUGGGAAGAGAUUCUUAUUUAUAUCGAAACGAAUUUUGCGCAAAAUGCAACCUCGUUCCUGAAUAUACGUAUAUUGAUAUCGAAAUGAAAUGUGGAGAUGGACCAGGACUAAGAAAUAACCAACGCAUAUCAAUGUCAUUGCUGUCACAAUUCAAAGAUUGUACGGUCAGCCUAAUAAAUAACAACGAAUCAAAAUCACUUAUUCAGAAGUGCAACAAAUCCAUUAAAACAUGCAAUAACACAGAAAGCAAAUAUUAUGAUCUUUGCCUGUCAUACACCGCUCAAAUAAACAAGUACAAAAACUACCAUUGUGUCUUAUGUACUAAUGGCUCAGAUAAUGCAACGGUUGACAAUCCUUUUUGUCUUGCAAAUAAUACCCAACCAGAUCAAUCCCGAAAGGGAGCAAUUAAUCUCCAUUUUAAAUUGGUAAUGAACGAGAAGAAAACUGUAGUAAUUCAAAUCAAAAAACAAAAGUUUCCAGUUAGACAAUUUCUUAGUAUAGCGGGACACAAUGCUGAAAACGACGCACUGCUUGAUUUUUAUUUGUGUGGUCGCGGACAACCAAACUCGACAUGCUGUGGUUGCAGUUAUGACUGUGCUGAAAACUUGGGUUGCUGCUUUGAUGCGUUUUGGAAUGAAACCAAUGCUACCACUAUGGAGGAAUACCUGAAAACGUUUCUUGCAAAAACGAAAAGACAUGGGGAUUUGUCUUGUGAAUAUAUAAUAGAAUCUAACAAUUUUCUAUCUGCCGCCUACACCAUGAUCAAACAUUGCGCAAUGGGCGCAGAUGCUAAUGAUACGGUUCGGUGUUUACAUUCUUCGAAUCUUUCUUUGGAGCAAAGCGUUCCUGUCAUAGGACCUGAUGGAUAUAUGUACCGUAAUUCAUUUUGUGCAAAAUGCAAUUUUGUAAGCAAAUUUUAUCACAUUAAUAUUUCAGCUUCUUGCAGUGGGCUCAAUGAAACGGAAAAGGGAAGACUGAUUAAAUCAUGCAUACUGAACACAGAAACGAAUGGAGUUAAGUCUGAUCAGUGCACCAAAUAUCUUGGUGAUGACGAAAACCAUUCUACAAAUGACGAUCAUGAUUUCUAUAAAUCAUAUAAAGCAGCAUUUUAUGCCUUUGCAAAUUAUGGUUGUUGGAAAUGCCUUCAACUUAAAAAUAUUCACGAGAUUGUUCAAUGUCUUCCAUUUUUUGGUGGUGCAACUGGUACGUCUAAACUUACAUGGUCUGUUAUUCUCAGUAGCUCAGCGUUAAAUCACCAACAAAGCAAUGCACAAUGUAAAAAUGGGGAAUUGUAUGACCUUAAAGAGUCUGUUUGUGUAAAGCACAACUGUCCACUUUCAUAUCGUAAGACAGGAUCUGAAUGUGUGAAAGAACAUGGUUUACCUGGAAAAGAAAGUAUUGACAUCGAAAAUGAAGCCUUCGAUCAAUGUCUAGCGCUUUAUGGGUUAAAGGCUUACGUUAGUUUGACAAACAACAGCAUCUUUAACGUAAAAAAAUUUCGUAAAGAUUUGCAAAACGAACUUGGAAUUAAUGUAACAUUCAAUGCACUUUUAAGUUUGAGUAGCUCUGCAAAAAUAAUGAUCAUAAUUCCACCUGCAGGAUCAAACUUCUUAAAUAAUUUAAAUAGAGCACUUGGAAGCAAUAAAACAGAGUUAUGGAAUGGGAUAGACCAUUAUUUUGUAACUCCAAAUACAUCACUAUCAGUAACAGAAUUAUACGGAUUUGAUAUUUCUCGCAGUUUUUCACAAUAUAGAGUAUGUGCAGAACGGCGGGUCUAUAAUGCUGCAAACGUGAAACUGUCAUCUAAUUGUGACAUUACUUUCGACCAAAAUACUAGUGUUCCAAACCAAAACACAACAAUGUGGGAGGUGAUAGACAAGAAUAAUAACAAGUUGUUUGUCAGCGUAUGUGAAAAAUUUCAUUUGCAUAGAACGAGCUGUCCACAAAAAGUAAUAACAAGCAAUGUGACAAUCCUACAGAACAAAACUUUAACUAGUUACUCAAACAAUAAAUUUGAGAGUUAUCACAUUGAGCAUUAUACCCCUUUAGAGAAAGGCUACUCUGUUUGUUUAGCUACUUCUGCAUCCACAAAACAGAUAUUUGGUUGGCACGAAAGGUUGACAGAUGCUGAACAUUACAUUUCUAUGAUUGUUACAUGUGUGAGUAUCUUCUGCUACGUGUCGCUUUUAACAACAUACGUACUAUUCACAGAGCUCAGAACAAUUCCUGGACUAAGUCAUAUGAGCAUGUGCGUAACAUUACUUAUUGCUGAUGGCCUUUUCUUUUGUUCCGUCAUAUAUCGCAGAACUUAUACCUCUUGCGAAUCCAUUGCAGUAGCAAUACAUUGGAGUUUGCUUAGUGCAUUUAUGUGGACAGCUGUCAUCGCUUUUGACCUUGUGGCAAAAUUUAGUUCAUUCAAAGUUGAUUCAAAUGAAAGAAAGUUAAAGCGUUUUCUUCCAAGAUGUUGCUUCGCUUUUGCUGCGCCAACACUAACCGUAUUGGUGACAACUGUGCUGGAGAAAAUCUCAAUUAUUAAUGUUGGUUAUGGAAAGAAUGGGUCUUGUUGGAUUUUUAAUGUUGAUGCUCGUAUUGCUUGGUAUAUUUGUCCGGUAUCUUUCAUCUUUUUGAUUACUGUGGCGGCAUUGUUGUUGGCCAUUUACAAACUCAACACUCCUCAUCAACAAAAUCAACCCGUUUUAAGGAAUAGUCACAAAUUACAAGCAAUGAAAAUCUCUUUAAAGUUUAUCGUUAUACUUGGUCUUACUGAAGGUAUUGGCUUUAUGCAGAUUGCAAAACCUCGGUACACGGAAAGUGAUAUUGCGUUUAAAGCUGUUAUCAGCUUGUUGUACACCUUGCUGCGAAGUUCGAGAGGAAUUAUGUUCGGAUAUUUGCAUAUUUUUAGCCAAAAAGUUGUGUCAUUGGGAAGGAAAAAGUUUGACCAUCAAUCCAAAACAUCGGUAACAACCAACGCUAAAGUUUAGACUAUGGCACGAGUGAUGUCCUUGCACAAUUUGAUAACUACAUUAGCAAUGAUGACUGUGUUUGUCAUUUUAAGUGAUCCACAUCUAAAUGCAAAUGUAUUAUUGUUUCAGUUGGUCCAGAAAUAGAUUAGUGAAAGUUUAACGAUAACAGCAAAAAAAGUAUAACAUUAAACUAUAUGGAGAAAAAACUUUUUUAUAAAAUACAUUUAUUGGUUGUCAUCGGGAAAUACUAAACUGUUAUACUGUCUGGCGUUACAAUUGUAAUUGGGAAACAUAAUUGCACCGGGUUAAAUUAAAUGUUAGGUUUUAUUUCAUAUAGGUUCUUAUGUAUGCAUAUACAUAACGAAUAAUUUUCACA